AUGGAGUGCCCACACUGCCCUGCCAUCUUCGGCUCCGAAGAGACGCUCUCCAAGCACGUGGCUGCGAUUCACGAGAAGCUCGCGUCCCGCGCCUCCUCGCCGCUGCCCGCCGCCGCUUCCGCCACGGACACACCCGGCUCGAGCGAUGGCGACAACCUCGACCUGACGCCGCUGCUCGGUGUGCUGACGCACGAGCAGAAGGACAUGCUCCUGCUGCGCGCCAUCGCCGCGGAUGACUCGCUCGCGUACCACGUCCUUGCCGCCGUCCUCAAGCCGCUGAGCGCCGAGGCGGCGGCGGCGCGCCUCGAGGAGCUCGAGCCGACGGCGCUGGCGGCGACAGUCCGCGCGUACGUCGAUGCGGGCGCGGGGCGCAACGCGCUGAUGAUGCUGCGCGUCGUCACCGCGGCCGCCUCGGACGCGCUCGGCGGCCUUGGCUCGCUGCUCCAGUCGGACGGCUGGGAGGAGUCCGAGGAGCUGGAGGCUGUCGAGCGGCUGCCGCGCGCCGACGCGAUCGGAGCGCUGUGGGGCGAGGCGCUGGCGGGGGGUGACGAGCCCGGAGGCGACCGCUCGUCGGCGCGCGAUCACGCCUCUGACGAAGACGAGAGCCUGCUCAGCCAGCUGGCUGCCGCAAUCGGGCCGGUGCGCGGCGCGCAGCCGGGGCUGCUCGUCUCUGCCGACGGCAACGGAGUGCCCGCCGCCGAGUCGGUGGCGGCCGCGCAGGCCGCGCUGGCAGCUGCACUGGAGGCGCGGGGCGGCGCGCCCGCGCCUCCAGCCUCGAAGAAGGCGCGCCGAGGGUGA